AGCAUCGCGGCUGCGUCUCUGAGCGGAACCAGAAAAAUGCAGACGAAGCGGAGCGACGCGCCGCUGAGCGCCGGGCACGGAGAUCAGACCGACUCCGUGAGGAAACACGCUGGAUAUGAGUCUCCAACACGAGAGCACAAAUCUGAGGUUAAAAACGGCGCCCUCGAGGAACCACGACGAACAGAUGGGGGCGUUUCAGAAAAAAGUGACGUUACGGAAGAUGACGGUGUGAAAAAGGCAGCACCAGAGCCCAGAAACAUGACAGGACCCAGAAUUACUAAGGCGUUUUUAAGGGACCAUUGCAAACGAAACAAACUGUACCUGACACCUUGGCUGAACGACACACUGUACCUUCACUUUAAAGGUUUUUCUGUUAUCGAGGGCUUAGAGGAGUAUACAGGCUUGCGCUGUCUCUGGCUUGAGUGCAAUGGGAUUGAGAAAAUUGAGAACCUGCAGAACCAGACGGAGCUUCGCUGCCUGUUCCUCCAGCAAAACCUGAUUCACACUUUGGAGAAUCUUGAACCACUCAGCAAGCUUAGCACUCUCAAUGUUUCAAACAAUUACAUAAGAGUCAUCCAGAACAUAGCAUGUUUGAACAAGCUGUCCACACUACAGAUCUCCCAUAAUGCAUUGGAGAGCGUGCAUGACAUAGAGGAGCUCUGUUGUUGUCCGUCUAUCAGUGUUCUGGACUUGUCACACAACCGUCUCAAUGACCCAGAAAUGAUCACGAUUCUGGAGAAGAUGCCUGAUUUGAGAGUGCUGAACCUUAUGGGUAAUGAAGUUAUAAAGAAAAUUCCAAACUACAGGAAGUCGCUGAUCAUUCGCCUAAAGCAACUGACAUAUCUGGAUGAUCGUCCAGUGUUUCCAAAGGAAAGGGCAUGUGCUGAGGCUUGGGCAAUAGGGGGUUUGGAAGGAGAGCGGAAAGAAAGGGAAUUCUGGCAAACAAGAGAGAGGAGGAAGAUUCAGGAGAGUCUGGAUGCUAUGGCAGCUAUUAAAGAAAAUGCACGAAAGCGGAGGCAAGCUGAAGAGCAGCAGGAAAUGGCAGGAGUCCCUGAGCUUCAAAGUCCUGCUACUGAAGGGCACAACAAGCUUGACAAGUCUGCGUUAGACAUAGAGCCAAGUGGCCAAUUAAAAACAGACCAAGAGCAGGCUGACAUGUCAGUAUCAGAGAUGGAGUACACUCAUUCUUCAGUAAGGGACAGCAGAGAGAUGCUCCAGUCAGCCCCAGAACGAGAGCAAACUGACCAGUUACCGCAAGAGCAAGAUUUGGCUAACCCGUCAGGGGCAGAGAUGGAGCCAAUUACAUGUCAGCGAUCGGCAGUGCAUGGAAACGAAGUACUCCAGUCAGCAUUGGAAACUGAGCUUCUUCAGUCCAGAUCAGAUGCAAACAAAGCUGUGCAACCGGCAUCUGAGAAAGAGGAGGUUUUGAAGUCAGGACCAUCUCUGAAGUUAACGUCAGAGGGAAAUCUGAAGAAGAAACAUGAUGCACCUUUGUGGUCAGGAUCAGAGUCUGAGGAUCCACUCCUAAAAGCUGGCACAGGUGGCCCUGUUACUGAACUUGCCCCAGAUGAUAAAUUAGAGACCAUAGUACUAUCUGACAUCCCAUCACUGACUAUCAGUGAUCUACCUGAUCUGGAGGAUGUGAAUUCAAACUGGAUGCAAACAGUGCCUCAGGCUAUCUUCCAUCCAAAAAUUGAGGUCGUCUCUGCCACUGACAGUGACUUCCACCCAGAGGUGAUGCUGUGUGAAGGAAUUCAAUCUGGAUUAAAGUUUCCUGACCCGAUCUUUGGGGUAUCUACCAACAUCAUGUCAAUCAUCGAUCACAGUUUUCUUUUCACCAAUGAGGCAGUACCAAUAGCGGGUCCUGAUGCCCCACCCAUUGCAAAAGAAAGCAAAAAAAACAUCACCCUGAUUGAGGAGAUGGACUGACUCUGUUACAUUCAAUACACUCUUUGUUUAAUGACCGAAAUGUAUGAUUGUCUCAGCAGUAAUAUUUCAAUGUUUAUGACUUGUUAUAGGAAUGAUACUCUUGUAGCAGCAGGUAUAUGCAAUUGACUGAAAAACUUAUUCAGUGAAGUUCAUAAAAUUCCAUGACAUGAUACUUUUUAAAAUGUCCCUCAUAUUGUCCCUCAAGACACAUAUCACCACAAAUAAAAAAAGACUUA